AUGAAGGUUGAAUUCGAAAACACCUUGCGAAUCGUUGACGGAAGUGGCAGUACCUGUGCAAAUGCAAAUGAAAAUGCAAAUACAAAAACACAAAUCCAACCUUCGGCUACCACCCCUGUCUUCUACUCGUCGGAACCUAUAAAGUUCAGUCUAUGUCUUGAUGGCGACUCCGAGACCCGAGACCAGCAAACCCUCUGCCACACAGACACAAAACUAGUCCAUGUGCGACUCACCGGGACUGUGCAGCUUGUUAAAUUCGAACCUUCUGCUCAAUCUGGCUUGUUUGAGUACAGGUCACGCAUUGUCUCUUCGGACACCAUUGUUGACGUUCGCCAUAACUACGACGAUGCUAAGCUCAGUACAGAUCCCUCAGAUACCAGUACGGCAAGAGUCAGAGUCACCUUUGAUCCCUUCUCUUCAAGUCACGGUGUGAUCAACGACCCGUCUCAGAUCCCUUCGUCGCUUGUGGUCAUGGGCCGAAACGCAUACGCAGCCACGGCAAGAGCAGAGACAGUCACAGCGGCGGGUGCAUCUCCACGAAUCAUGAAGCUGAGUGUGAAAUAUUUGCUGGAAGUACAGACUCUCGAUAGCGGUGGUGGCGGCGCAAGAACAUUCCGUCGAGAAAUACAACUUUUGGGAAGCGGACUGAGUGAACAACGUGCCAGGGAGGAGACUGCCAUGUUACAAACCCAGUCUCUCCAUGGUCGGUGCAAGACUGUGUCGUUAACCCCUACCAUGUCUCUGAGGACCAUGUCACUGAAAGCAGUGGCGAUCCCGUUUCUGCGCACGCCAGUCCCUGCGGCCACUUGGAAUAUUCUCAAUAUCAACAUUGUGGAUUACGAUCCGCUCAUAAUCCAAUGUUAUGCCGACGUCGCGUGUAUCAAGGUGUCUUGGAAAUUGAGACUCGGCAGUUCGAAUACAACUACAACUGCGAGUGCGAAUCCGAGUAUGACUACCAGUUUGAGCAAGGGCAUUGUGUGCAGCAGUGGCGCCAGCGGCAUGCCGUAUACAGAUGAUGGCCAGGUCAUGCCGAAGCUCAAAGUCAAAGUACAGUGGACGUUAGCAUCUAGUACGGAAUAUCAUCCUCAAUGUCCUCGGCCUCAAAUGCCUUCCGAAUCCAGGUCGACGUCGGCGCCAUCUCCGGCCCCGGCUUCGGCGUCUCAAAUACAUGACCAAUGUGUUUUGUGUCCGUCGGAUUCGGAACUGUUGGUCACGCAAUGGCGAAGGCGAAACUGUACCACCGACUCUACUGAUCCUGACUACGCACCGCUCCGACAGGUCAGCGUUGAUAACGGUGACGAUGUAGAGAGUAUGACAACGGCAUAUUUCUCAUUAUACGCCGAGGAGGAAAGCCAAGUCUCUUUCCCCCUACCUCGGCAGCAGUGCCUCACCCCCACGUUUUACACAGACUUGAUGCAACAUACCUACUCUGUCAGGGCGAAGGUGACGUGCUCUUUGAGCUUGGACAGGAGGAGCGCAAUCCUGGGUCCUCGAACCAAAGAAAUCCAGUUUGAGUUGCCCAUUACAGUGGCAUAUGCUGCGCCGAGUUAUGAGAGUGAUGAGCCGCCUCCUGUUUAUGAUGGUACUCUAACGGAAGUUGAAUAA